GAACUACAUUUCCCUACUAUUAAAGUCUUUGCGAGGCUAUCUGUUUAGCACAGAAGGUCACACGCGUGAUUUUGAAUGCAGAAGCUGCCAUAUGAAAGCCACAGCUGAAGAAGGAAUAUGAUAUAAUUAGUUCGUACAGUAUAAACGAGACUUAAUGCAGAUACGAAUGAUAAUACCAGAUUCUAUAGAAAUUAUACACUGAAUUAAGUAAUGAACCGAGGCAAACAGGUAGCCUAGCUGAAACAAGUAGCUAGCUUUUCGGCUAGGUUUUCUUCCCAAUAAUACGUCCUCUCAUAGCUGGCGGUAUGUUUCGAAGCAUUGUGAGACUUCAGAGUCUCUUUGGAAAUGCCUUUGCACUCACAAAAGUGUGCCCAAGAAGCCAGCGCUUUCAGUGUACUUUGUACUCCACAGCCGCAGCAGAAAGAAAAAAAUUUUAUCAAGAUGUUAGUAUAUCCCAAGGUGAAGGUGGCUUAUAUGAGAUAAACCUAGACAGAAGGAAGCUGAAAACUCCUGCAGGAAAGCUCUUCACAGUACCAAACGAAGCACUUGCCAUCGCCGUGGCCACCGAGUGGGAUGCUCAGAAGGACACACUCAAGUUCUACACGAUGCACAUGACUACGCUCUGCUACACAGCUCUGGACAAUCCCACCCAACGCAACAAGGACCAAAUGAUCAAGGCUGCCCUGAAGUUCCUCGAGACUGAUACUGUUUGUUACAGAGUAGAUGAGCCUUAUGGCUUGGUUGAGCUGCAGAAGAAUGAAUGGGACCCUGUGCUGCAUUGGAUUGAAAACAGAUAUAAUGUCACUAUUGGCUCCUCGUCAAGCAUUUUGGGUCCAGAGAUUCCAGAAGCAACCAAAGACACUUUUCGGCAACACCUGAAUUCUUACAGCUUCUGGUCCCUGACAGGGCUUGAAUAUGUGAUUACACAGCUUAAGUCUGUUGUGCUGUCAUUGGGGAUGAUUGACAGACAUCUGAGUGUGGAACAGGCUGUGCUGCUGUCCAGGCUGGAGGAGGAAUACCAGCAACAUCCAUAUUUGAACCUUCAUAGUCCACCACAAGCGCACUGGUUUGAUGAUAUUGAGCUUCAGAUUCAGCGCUGGGGAAAUGUGGAGUGGGCCCAUGACUACGACAUGUAUGAGCUGAGGGCACGAACUGCUGCUGGAGCUCUUUUUGUUCACCUCUCAUCUGAGAGUUCAAAUGUGAAACACAAACUUUUACAGGACUGAGAAGCAUAAGCUCGGACAUAAAACUCUCAGUGAGCACAUAGCAAAUUUGCCCCCAAACUGAGAUGCACCUCAAGCACCUCUCUUUAUCCAUGUUUUGACAUCAUGCAGACAAACACAACACAUAUGUUCUACUUGGCAGUGUCAGCUGCUGGGUCUGUGAUCUGUUAUUGAGUCCGCUCACUCUAAUAAAACAUUGGCUGCGUUUUUGCUGUGUUUAUAUGUGUCAGCUGCCAAGUGUGACACCCUCCACCGAGUUUCCAGGCAGUUCUCAGUCAUCCGUGACAUUUUGGACACUGUGUGUGGUUUCAGGCCAAUGGUGACUAAUGUUGUUGUCCUUUUCGUGGUAGAAUGUUGUUAAUUCUGCUCCUACUUUGUCUGUGUGCAGUAUUCUAAUACUGAAAAUCACAUAUGCUACACAAACAACAUUGCUUAUAUUCAUUGUGAUGUGUGUAGUGUUGGACUUUUGUCAAGUGCAUAUGCAAAAUAUUAAUCAGCAAUAGUUGAACCUACUGCAUUCAAAUUAUUUCCUGUGGUAAUGAGGUAACAUUGAAUGCUAAACUCAGAAAGCCUAUUUAUCAGUAUCAUCUCUGCUCCACAGUUCUGUUUCUACAAAAAGUUAAAUUUUAGAUGAAAAGUUGACUUCAUCCUUAUCCAGUAGUAAUUUCCAUACUGCAAGUUUAAGUUUUAUUGCUUUUACAAUUGAAAUGAAUCAGAAUAAUUAAAAUAAUGGAAUUCA